ACCUAGCUCUUGGUCUAUAAACUCUCCUUGUUUUACCAAAGAAAACAUUUCAGUUCAUCACACAUUCGAGUUACGUAUCAUUCUCGUUUUCGCAGCAUUCAUCUACAGGCGAACCAGAUCGUAACAGGAUUCAAGUUUGUGUUAUUUGUGCGGAAACAAGUUAGCAGAGACUACGAACAUUAUUCCUGCAAGUAGCUGUAGUAGACGUCGUUUCCACAGUGAUACUACGGUAACAGCUACAAACCAGCUUCUAAAUAAUUGUCGCGACAUCUGGUCCAUAAUCCUGCGCUUGCAUUCGCUCUUGAAAUUUGCCUCUUUUUGUUUAUUUCUCUUAACGAAGGAACCGUUGCUACCAAGAUGGCUUACAACGAUGACUCUGUGUUGGCGCGACUCUCGUCACUCAACGAAAGCCAUGAUAGCAUCGCCACAGCUGCACAAUGGAUUAUGUUCCAUAGACGCCAUGCUGAGAGGACUGUACAGCUGUGGAUGCAGCGCCUCAAAGACUCUUCCAGCACAAAACGAUUAAGUUUGAUUUAUCUCGCCAACGAGGUGGCCCAACAGUCUAAAAUCCGACACAAGGAUGACUUUAUUAUCGCCUUCGCGCCUGUGAUUGCUGAGGCUGUUUCCGUCGCCUAUAAAGGAGCACCCGCAGAGCUUCAGGCGAAAUUAAAACGCGUUAUAGACGUUUGGAGAGAUCGUUCGAUUUUUGAAGCACCAAUUCAAUCCGCAAUCGAUGCCCGCAUUGGAGACCUCGACAAGGCCCGGGGUAUGUCCAAGCCCGGAUUUGGCGGCUCUCCCUUCGGUAGUACUAGCACUGCCACUUCUGUUCCAUCUGAAUUUACACCUCUGGUCACUGCUCACCAGAAAGUAAACAAAUUGAGCACUCCUCUCAAGGCCACGAUCACAUCAGCAGACCAAGAGUAUGAGAAGCAAACUGACCCAUCUACACCUGUUCCUUCUGCUCCAGUUUAUGCAGCUCGGUUGAAUGGCCUUCUCAAGACGUUGGCCAACGCCGAGAGUGCGGUUGCUGAGUGUGUAAAAGCAAGAGAAGGCCUUGUUUCCGGCCUGGAAUCGCUUCUCAACGCUAACCGUGCUGCAUUGGAGGAAGAGAAGUCUGCUGCGGCUCAGCUGACAUCCCGAAAGGCUGAAAUUGAAGACAAGAAACACCAAGUCGAGGUUGGCAUCAUGCGAGCACUGGGCCCAGCGGACAGCAAUGGUACUCCAGGACAAGGGGACUCUUCAGUUACGCCCCCAGAGCCAGACAGGCCAGAGGUUGAAGCAUUGACUCCACCGGCAUUUGAACCAUUCGAAGCACCCACCCCUGAGGCAUUGACACCAGAGGGAGGGCCUGUUGCAGCUCCUUCUAUGUCUCCUGUCCCUAUUCCUGUUCCUGCUGCUGCUGCUGCUGCUGCUGCUCCUACGUCUCAAGACGAAGAAGAAGCACCCUCGUAUCAGUCAUUGCCAAUCUCAACCAAUGGGUCGAAUAAGCGCCGCCGGGUCGACACCGAAGAAUUUCCUGAUCUAGGUGGAGAUGAUGGCAUCGAUGCCGACGUUGCUGAAAUGCUGAAGGGGCAACCUCAAUCAUAACCAGAUCAUAUGUUAUUAGCAAGUUGGGGGGAUAUUUGGCUUGCUAGUUUGGGGUUUGUUAAUAUGUUAUGUUCUUGCAAACAGUUUAGGUUGGACUAAUAGAAUGCUGAGAACCAUCGGCACAUGUAAUACUAGUCUAGUGUAUUAUUAAGUAUAGUGAAUUAUUUCUUCUUGUUGAGUAGAUGGAAUGGGAAUCAGUAGCAAUACUGGUCGCAGUCUCGUGGUAAUCAGAUGCGUCCAAUCUGUUAACCAUUAUGCAAC